AUGCAAGGAUCAGCACAUUGGCGAAACAAGAAAGACACUGUGUAUCCGGAUCAAGGAGCACCUAGAUGGGGUCGUAAAUUCAAAACCACCAACUCCGUUAGAAUAGCAGCCACGAAGUUGCCUCUCAAACCCGAAACUGGCGCGAAAGCACUGGAAACGUUCAAUGUAACAGCCAAAAGUCUAAUGAAGCUCAAAGAAGACGGCAUCGCUAUGAACAACGAACUGCCGCCACAUCAAGACCUUUGCGGAUUUUGA